GCAACCCAUAUGUGUUCAGGUGCUUGGUACUAUAUGGGAACAUGUCUUCAGAGAAAACACUUAUUUAAUUACAGAUUUAAACACCUAUGUAUGAAAUCACAGAAGAAGGAGGAAUACUCAAGACAUUAAAUGAAGUAUGGUGCAAAUUGACUGAACCUCUGCAACCUCAGGUGCCACAACAAGAAAAUACUAAGAUGAAAAACCUGUCCUACCCAUUUUCCAGGGAGAAAAUAUAUUUGUAUAACAUCAAAGACAAAGACACCUUUUUUGACAACGCCACCCGCAGCCGAAUAGUGAGGGAAAUUUUGAAGCGCACGUCUACAAAGGCCAGGAACAGCAUGGGUAUUAGCACAUUAAUAGCAAACAAUGUUUAUGAUGCAGCAUACCCACUUCAUGAUGGUCAUUAUGAAGGCCAGAAUGAUGACAUGAAUGAAAGAAAGUUGCUGUAUCGAGAAUGGGCGAGAUAUGGAGUAUUUUACAAGUUUCAACCUAUUCAUCUUAUAAGGAAGUAUUUUGGAGAAAAGAUAGGACUUUAUUUUGCCUGGCUGGGUUUGUACACAGAAUUCCUCAUUCCAUCUUCAGUAGUUGGGAUUAUUGUAUUUCUAUAUGGAUGCAUAACAAUUGAAAGUGACAUUCCUAGUAAAGAGAUGUGUGACCAACGCAAUGCCUUCACCAUGUGCCCCCUGUGUGACACGUUCUGUGAUUACUGGAACCUCAGCUCUGCUUGUGCUACUGCUCGAGCCAGUCACUUGUUUGACAACCCUGCCACAGUGUUCUUCUCCAUCUUCAUGGCUCUCUGGGCUACUAUGUUCCUUGAACAAUGGAAGCGGUUGCAGAUGAGGUUGAGCUACUUCUGGGAUCUAACUGGACUAGAGGAGGAAGAAGAGCAUCCCAGACCAGAGUAUGAAACCAAACUGCUGCAGAAAAAGCUGAAAAAUAAAACCGCCACAACAGAAAAUCCAAACGAGGAUGAAAAGGAGAAGCUGACGUGCAGUGACCGUCUGCCUGGAUACGCGGCCAACUUCGGACUGAUUUUAUUUAUGAUUAUGCUGACGUUUUCAGCAGUUUUUGGUGUCAUUGUGUACCGAAUUACCACAGCAGCAGCUCUGUCAUUCAGCACAAAUGAGACAACCAGGUCAAAUGUUCGAGUGACUGUGACUGCCACUGCUGUCAUCAUUAACCUCGUGGUGAUACUUAUCCUUGAUGAAAUUUAUGGAGCUGUUGCCAGAUGGCUGACAGAAAUUGAAAUACCAAAAACAGAGAAAACCUUUGAGGAGAGACUGAUUUUGAAGGCAUUCCUACUGAAGUUUGUGAAUUCUUAUGCACCAAUUUUUUAUGUUGCCUUUUUUAAAGGAAGGUUUGUUGGCCGUCCUGGUCGUUACGUGUAUGUGUUCGAAGGGUAUCGAAUGGAAGAGUGUGCUCCAGGAGGCUGUUUGAUGGAACUCUGCAUUCAGCUGAGCAUCAUCAUGCUUGGAAAACAACUCAUUCAAAAUAAUCUGUUUGAAAUUGGAAUCCCGAAGCUAAAGAAGCUCUUCAGGAAGCUGAAGGAUGAAAGAACUGAGCCAAAGGAAGUGGACACCAACCAGUCAAAGGACCCUCAGCAAUGGGACCUCGACUAUAUCUUGGAACCUUUCACCGGACUGACUCCGGAAUACAUGGAAAUGAUUAUCCAGUUUGGCUUUGUCACGCUCUUUGUUGCCUCCUUCCCUCUGGCACCUCUCUUUGCUCUCCUGAACAACGUCAUAGAAGUCCGUCUCGAUGCAAAGAAGUUUGUUACUGAGCUGAGGAGGCCAGACACAGUAAGAGCAAAAGAUAUAGGAAUUUGGUAUGACAUUUUGAGUGGUAUUGGAAAGCUUUCAGUUAUCAUUAAUGCUUUUGUAAUUGCUGUCACAUCCGAUUUCAUUCCACGCCUUAUGUACCAAUAUGCAUACAGUCAGAGUGGAACCAUGCAUGGCUUCAUCAAUCACACGCUCUCCUACUUCAAUGUCAGUCACCUCAAGGCUGGGACACAGCCAGCAAACUCCCUGUUUGCACAGGAUGUUUUAUUCUGCAGGUUCAAAGACUACAGAGAACCACCUUGGUCCCCAAACCAGUAUGAGUUUUCUAAGCAGUACUGGGCAGUCUUAUCUGCUCGCUUGGCUUUUGUUAUUCUAUUUCAGAACCUGGUGAUGUUCCUCAGUGUUCUGGUUGACUGGAUGAUCCCUGACAUCCCCAAGGACAUCAGCCAACAGAUCAAGAAGGAGAAGAGCGUGCUUGUUGACUUCUUCCUGAAGGAGGAGCAUGAGAAACUGAAGCUGAUAGAAAGCUUUAUGGCACGAGACAAGCGGAAACGCAAAAGUGGGAGCAAGAGCAGAAGGAGCAGGGCUGCCAGCUUCUCCCAGUCUACCCGGAGUCCCAAAGGCAGCUUCACCUCCUUUAGCUCACAGCACACGGUGGUGUGACUUCCUAGGGAAGGGGAACAUGCUGUGCUUACCUCUGCAACACCUGCUUACUGUGUGAAGUGAUUCUGAAUCCAGAGCGAGGGAGGGAGAGACAGUCAAGCAAGGGACAUGGAGCAAAAAGGAGGCUUCAUUUGCUUCCUUACAAACUCCAUAUGCAAGGAACUCUGUUAUAUUUUAUAUGCUAUCUGGGCUGCAGCAUUUCCAGACUUUAUCAGUGCAAGAUAAGGGCUAUAUUGUGGCUGUAGCUGGUUUUUGUGGUGAUGUGACUUGGGUAGACAUGCGGGAAUUCUCCUAACUUGUGCAGUCUCUGCAGUAGGACUGCAACCAUCCCUCUUCCUGCAGACACCCUGUGGGGAUGGGAACACUCCUGCUCUCAUAUCUACCUUUGGGCAGGUCUGACUGACCAUGGAGAAGUGCACACAGCUCAUGGUCUCAUUGCUUCUAGCUGCCAGUGGGUGGUUGACAAACAUUUGGGGCCUCAAGGAGUCAUUGUGCCUUCCUGACAUACACAAGGUGCUACCCUUGCAGGGCAGGCAGGGCUGUUGGUAGGGGCACAGAGAUGUGGAAACACGAGGAAUUAAAAUCCCUGUGCACUUGCAUCCACAGAUAUAUUGUUUUUUGCUUAGCAGGAGCUUGAAUGCAUGUGCUGAUGAGCAGGGAGGCCAUAACGUGCAUCAGAAGCUGCUACAACCAGGGAAGCUCCUUGUUGUUCAUUGUCCUGAACACAAAAAAAAACCCCAAACAAACCCCUGCAUGUUUGAUUCUCCUCUCACUUAGACUGGGAAUUCAGCCAGUAUCAGAGGAAUCAUGCCACUGAACCAUCAGGGUGAAGCUGAGGAGUGAGACUGGAAUUAAGCCCUGUAAAUCAUGUGGCAUUUUCAUGUACAUCGCGCGUAAAGUAACAAAAAUUGCUGCUGUUGUGAUUUACUGUAAAGUAAAAUGUUUUGCAGAAUUGCAUUUCAUUGGAAGAUACACAUAUUCACUAACCAAGCUUUCAGCU